CAACCCAAACACAAUCCACAUAUUUCGAUCAAUCAGACCCCGAGAGCGAGAACCAGAGACCGAAAACAACGAGAAAAAUCGAAAUACACCGAACGAUCCAUUCCGGAGCGUUUCCCCCGAUCGCGAAAACCCUCCCACACGCGUAGGUGACGACGAACAGGUGAGUACAAGCGGUUAUAAGGCACCGCGGGAUCUCUCACUAAUCACAUUUGCCCACAGUGUUCAGCAACGGACACAUCUCCUCCUCCUCCAGCAGCCUCACUCAUCCUCCACCGCCUCACACACUCUUAAAACCUCGACCGCAAACUCCGCAAGAAUGUCGCGCUGGAUUGUCAACCUUCUCUUGGUCGUCCUUGGAGUGGCUGCUCUCUCUAGCCAGGCAUGGGGACAAUGUUCGAAGUUCGGCCACUCCUGCUACGGCGGCCACGGCAAGAGGAGCGAGGACCAAUACCCUUCCAGCAUCGACUACGCGGCAGCCAAUCAGGUCCCCGCCCUCGCACUCAAGGCAUCCCAGGACGACGCCCUGACCUGGGAUGACUCCGCCCCCGCCGUCACCAACCCCGAGAUCGUCGCUAAUGUUCGGAACUGG